AUGGGCAGUGUGGGCAGCCUUCUUUCUGGGCAUGGGUUCAACAGCAAACAGGGUCGGGGAUCCCAGCACCGUGGAAGGAAACCACCACACCUGAAGAAGUUGAGUCGCUGCUCUGAUGGAAUACUAAGAUUUGGCUUUUCUCAGGAGUCAGGACAUGCCAAAGGAGGGGGGUCUAAGAUGGGUCGAAGUGAGGAUUUCUUUUAUAUUAAGGUCAGCCAAAAAUCCCAUAUGGGUCCCAGGCAGGAGUAUCAUGGAGGUGCAACAAACAGCGAACCAGAGAGUCAGCCUAGUCAGGAGUAUGCACCACCAGUCCAGAAGAACUGUAAUCCACCAAGUCUGAUCCACUUUCCCAACAGACUGGAAUUGGAAAUGAAUGCUCUCCGCCCAACUCCUUUAAAGCCUGGAAUGCGCAGAAACUCUGCAGUAACAUGUCAUCCCUCUGCAGAAAGUGGAGCACAGCUACAGCUCUCUCAUUAUUACCAUCCAGAACGUGCUCGGGAGGCAGGGGGUCGAGGUGGACACUAUGUAGGGGGCAUGUCAGAAUCAGGCAGGAAUUCAAUGUCCAGUCUCCCAACUCAUCCAAGUAAACUUGGUCCUGGAUGUCAACUUGAUGCUCUUCUAAUGCCAACUGGACGCUUUGGGGGGAGUGCCCAUAAUAUCACCCAGAGCUCAAGAAGUAACAUGUUGAGCUUAAGGGCAAUGUCCCUGUCUGAUGGGGGAAAUGCCAACAAAAUUAUCAAUGUGCCCCCUAAAACAGGAAUAAGAUCUCCACCGUCCUGUGAAAAACUGGUAAGAUCAGAAACUGGAGAGUCUGCAGAUGAUGGGCACAAAGGAGGUGUUUCAAGAUCUAGGCAAAGUUCUCAGAGGGGCCACAGAAACCAGCAUGUGCUGCAGGUUCAAGUUGCACAGGAAAGGGAGUCACUGGAAAACAAGAUGCGUGUGUACGAGAAAGAGAAGAAAAUUAGCAUGAGCCCAUCUAUGGAUGAGGCACAAUGGGAGGUGUGUCAGAAGUCUGGAGAAAUUGCAUCCCUGAGACAACAGCUGAAGGAAACUCAAGAAGAGUCAUCACUCCGUGCUAGUGAGAUUCUCAGUCUGAAAACUCAGCUAAGAGAGACAAAGAGUCGAGCUGAAGCACAAGAACAACGAGCGAGAGAGGCUGAGGAGAGGCUGCGGGCAGCAGAAGAAAGAGAGGAUGGGGAAGAGGCAGAGCGUAACGAGGCAGAGUUGGAGACACUUAGGGCUGAGUUGGAGGCAGAAAGGCAAAACAAUGAACAGAUGACAGAUGUGUUUCAGCGAGAACGCAAAACAUGGCGGGAAGAGAAAGAAAAAGUAAUCCGCUAUCAGCGUCAGUUGCAGCAGAACUAUCUGCAUAUGUGCCAGAGAUGUCAAGCCUUAGAACAAAGGUUGCGGGCAUUGAGUGGGGAGGAUCUUGAUGAUGGGCCUAUUAUUACCAUGCCAGAUAUGGAGCUUUCCUUCCAGGACAUACUAAACACAGAGAUCUGA